CCCAGUUCUCAGAAUCUCACAGAUAUGGAUCAUGCUACGUGACUUACAUGCUUAUCAGGCAAAAGUCUUUGAAGUUUCCCCCUAAGGAUAUUCUAAGGAAAGUUUGAAGGUAUUCGUAAGUAAUUUGACUGAAUGCCAGGAUAUAGGAAUGAGAAAAAAAAUUAAGCAUGUGUGGAAGAAUCAUAUCCUUCUUUCCUGGAUAUUGCUGAAAUUUUAUCCUAAGAAGAAAUAAUGAUUUGAAAAAUUAGAACAAAGAUGGACAAAUAAGAGAAAUACUGAGCAUCUCAAAGGAACCAUAAACCCAUAUGACAGCAAAUGAGAUCUCUCAGAAACCUUUUUCUUUACAAGUGUCUGUUUGCAUUAACUUUUUGGAAUCACGUCAGCCUGUCCGUGGAAAAUGAACUCUUUACAUCUGGUUCUAAAGAUUUUCCAGAAGAUGGUUCUGACAAAAGAAUCAAGAGCCUGCCACUCCUGUAUACAAACAGUCACCAGUCCAAAGCUAAUUCUGACUGGGUUGUGAUACAAAAUACCACAGAAAGCCUGUCAUUGUCAGAAAUCACAAAUGACAACGCAAAAAAAUUAGUAGCUUUAUUAUCUAAUUUCAGACAAGGUGCCAGGUUACAAAAUCUGACACUGACAAAUGUGACAGUGGACUGGCAUGCUCUCAUUGGGAUUUUUCAAACUGUAUGGCACUCAUCCAUUGAAUACUUCAAUAUUAACAGUGUAACACAGUUGUCGGACAUCAACAGCUAUAACUUUGAUUAUUCAGGUACCUCUAUGAAAGCAUUGACAAUGAAGAAAGUUUUAAUCACAGAUCUGUACUUCUCACAGGAUGACCUAUACAAAAUAUUUGCAGACAUGAAUAUUGCAGCCUUGACAAUAGCUGAAUCAGAAAUGAUACAUAUGCUGUGUCCUUCAUCUGACAGUCCCUUUAGAUACUUAAAUUUUUUAAAGAAUGAUUUAACAGAUCUUCUUUUUCAAAAAUGUGACAAAUUAAUUCGACUGGAGACAUUAAUCUUACAGAAGAAUAAAUUUGAGAGCCUUCCCAAG